UUCUUUCCAUCUCGUUCUCUUUCUGUCUCAUUUUCUCUUUCUUUCCUCCUUUCCUUACCAGUGGACGAAGAAAGGAAGGGACUGUGUACAAUUAUUCUGGCAUCUGCACAGUGAAGACCAAUCCAAUUCUCUCUAAUAGAGCGAGAAGGCGUGGAGAUAUAGAGCGAGGAAGCUAGGGUUUCGUCCGCAGUUUGGAGUUUGGAGUUGGAAUUUCGGUGUUUCCGAGGGUUUUGUGUGUUCGUUGUGCGUCGAGUUUACCGGUGCGAGGGCUCAGAUGAGAGAUCUGUGCUGAGAAUUCGACUUGAAAAUGAGUUCUUCCGAGGUCCCAUUCAAAGCUAAGAACUUCUCUUCGGGUUACGGUGACCAGAACGAUGUCGCCGGAGUUUCCCGGACCGCUCCAGAGGAGUCGAAGAGUUAUCCGACGGCUUCCAGCGGCGGGCAAGUGGAUUCCGAAAAGGUGCUGUACGCGGAGCUUUGGCGCGCAUGCGCUGGCCCGCUUGUGACUGUGCCUCGCGAAGGCGAGCGCGUGUUCUAUUUUCCGCAAGGGCAUAUCGAGCAGGUGGAGGCAUCGACUAAUCAGGUGUCAGACCAGGAGAUGCCCGUGUAUAAUCAUCUUCCGUGGAAGAUUUUAUGCCGCGUGCUCCGCGUCCUGCUGAAGGCUGAACCGGACACUGAUGAGGUUUAUGCACAAGUGAUCCUGGUGCCCCUGAGGGAAGAUGAGAAUGCGAUAGAGAAGGAUCCUGUGCCCCCUCCACCGCCACGCUUUCAAGUGCAUUCUUUUUGUAAGACUCUUACGGCUUCAGAUACAAGCACUCAUGGUGGAUUUUCGGUGCUGCGACGACAUGCUGAUGAAUGUCUUCCCCCUCUGGACAUGUCUCGGCAACCUCCAACACAGGAGUUAGUUGCAAAGGAUUUGCAUGGAAAUGACUGGCGUUUCAAGCAUAUCUUUCGCGGUCAACCUCGGAGGCACCUGCUUCAAAGUGGUUGGAGUGUCUUUGUCAGCUCCAAAAGGCUUGUAGCUGGGGAUGCUUUCAUAUUUUUAAGGGGUGAGAAUGGGGAACUCCGUGUCGGAGUAAGACGUGCCAUGAGACAGCAGGGUAUUGUUCCUUCAUCUGUCAUAUCCAGCCACAGCAUGCAUCUUGGUGUACUUGCAACUGCUUGGCAUGCAUAUACAACAGGAACGUUUUUCACAGUUUAUUACAAGCCAAGGACAAGCCCUGCUGAGUUCCUUGUUCCAUUGAAUCAGUACAUGGAAUCUGUCAAGAGCAACUAUUCUAUAGGGAUGAGGUUCAAAAUGAAAUUUGAAGGAGAAGAGGCCCCAGAACAGAGGUUUACUGGAACAAUUGUUGGGGUUGAAGAAGCUGAUCCCAAAAGAUGGCCAGAAUCUAAAUGGAGAUGCCUCAAGGUGCGGUGGGAUGAAAAUUCUACCAUUGCUCGUCCAGAGAGAGUCUCACCCUGGAAUAUAGAACCUGCUUUGUCUCCACCUACACUCAAUUCACUUCCCAUGCCCAGGCCGAAAAGGCAUCGACAAAAUAUUGUGUCAUCUUCCCCCGACUCCUCUGUUCUUGCAAAGGAAGGUACAUCUAAAGUAAUGAUAGACCCUUCACCGCCAAGUGAAUUUUCAAGGGUCUUGCAAGGUCAAGAAUUUCCGACCUUGAGAGGCACUUUUGCAGAGAGUAAUGAGUCAGAUUCCACAGAAAAGCCAGUUGUAUGGCCCCCUUCAUUAGAUGAUGAGAAAAUUGAUUUGGUCCCUGUUUCAGAAAGAUAUGGAUUGGAAAAGUUGUUGCCCUUUGUGAGGCCUGAAUCAACUUUCACAGAUCUGUUGUCAGGUUUUGGGACACAAACCAAUACCUCUAGAGAGUUCUCUGCACCCUCAGUUAAACCCCAUUUACCUGAUCGGGACAGCAAAUUCAAUUUUCCUGCGAGCAAUUGGUCUAUGGUAUCUUCAGGUCUCUCCCUCAACUUUGUAGACUCUAGCAUAAAAGCUCCUGUGCAAGGCAGUGAUGUUCCUUAUCAGGCACAAGAUAUCAGAUAUGGUGGUUUUAGUGAUUAUUCCCCUAGGCCUCCACAAUUUCCUACCUAUCUUCAUAUGCCAGCUCACUCAAGAGGGCCUAUGUCAAGACCUGUACUGGUGCAACAACACGAGGCUGCAAAACCAAAAGAUGGGAACUGCAAACUAUUUGGUAUACAGCUAAUCAGUAAUCCCGUUUCAAUGGAGCCAACACUGCCACAUAACAAUGCGAUUUUCCCAGCUGCUGCUGUGAAUUCCCUUGCCUUUGAGACUGAUGAAAAUUCUGACAAAACAAAGCGUGCAAAAGUAGAUCAUCCAGUACAUAGUAGUGAUCAGGAGAAACCAUCAAAUAUGUGUCAACAACCAAUCAUCAGGGAUAGCCAGGGUAAAGUUCAGGGUGGUUCAACAAGGAGCUGUACCAAGGUUCAUAAGCAGGGAAUUGCCCUUGGUAGGUCUGUGGACCUCAUGAAGUUCAGUGAUUAUGAGGAAUUGAUUGCAGAACUGGAUCAGUUAUUUGAAUUUAAUGGUGAACUGAAAGCUAGGAGCAAGAAUUGGUUGAUCGUUUAUACCGAUGAUGAGGGUGAUAUGAUGCUUGUUGGAGAUGAUCCCUGGCAGGAAUUUGUUGGCAUGGUUCGCAAGAUCUUCAUCUUUACUAGGGAAGAAGUACAGCGGAUGAACCCAGGGAGCUGCCUGAGCAUGAAGAGUGAGGAAAAUUCAUUGAACGCAGAGGGCAUGGAUGAGACAGAAGUGAGGAUUCUUCCUGCCCCGUUGGUGUCUAGUUCUGAGAGAUGUUAGAUGUCUCCCAUAUCUUUAUAAUUUACCAAGAUGCUGCCGCCAUGUUGCUAUUUUGCCGUUUGGGGUGGGGGGGAAUCGCCUAGAUCAAAUUCCAGAUUCAUGCUUAAAAUAUAGGUAAUUGCAAUUUUGGACAUGUUUUGAAGCUAAAGUUGUAUGACAUCCUAAUAUUACAUAGUAUUAUACCUACCUAUUUUCAGAUAGGCAUUAGCUCUCUUGCAAUCUCGAACCUUUCCAUCUUGUACAGAGGCACAAUUCCUGCAUGUAAUUAAGUUUGGAAUGUAACAAGAUUUGCUUA